AUGUCAUCAGCACCACGGCUACUGGCGUCGGCUAACCCGAUGAUUUUUGUUUACGGAGGGUCAACGAUACUCGUCGGUAGUGGAGCGGCCAUUUAUCGUGCUGUAGAUUCUAUUGAAGACGUAAAACAAGUCGGACUCAUUCGGUUCGGAAGAGCAGCAAUUGCCGUAGGAAAUAUUGUUGUGGACUACAAAUCGUCGCUGAGAGGACUCUACGACCCAUCUGAGGAGUACAAUGUGGCAAUCAAGCAGUGCCAUAAGCGAAGUGCUUUACGCCUACUUGAGUUGGCUUGUGCCAAUGGCGGUGUAUUCAUAAAGGUGGGACAACAUUUGUCAGCCUUGCAAUACCUUAUACCAGAAGAGUACACUUCCACCCUUUCCGUAUUAACUUCAAGAGCUCCAGAAGCAACGUACGACGACGUGGUCUAUGUUGUAGAAUCACAGUUGGGGAAAAAGGUUGACGAUGUCUUCUCCGAAUUCGCCGAAAAGCCCAUUGGAGCUGCUAGCCUCGCACAAGUUCAUGUCGCAAGAUUGAAGGAAACAAAUGAGAAAGUCGCUGUGAAAGUACAGCAUCGUCGAGUGUUCAAAAACAGCCGUACGGACAUGAAUACUAUGGAUUUCUUGGUGAAAGUCGCGGACAAACUAUUUCCGGAGUUCAAGCUGAUGUGGUUAGUCGACGAAGUAAAGAGGAACCUGCCACGUGAACUUGAUUUCCUUAUGGAAGCGAAGAAUGGCGAUCGGUUAGCUGAAAUGUUCAAGCAUCUAAAAUUUCUGAAGAUACCUAAAAUGUAUUACGAGUACAGUACACCUCGUCUGCUUGUUAUGGAAUUUUGUGAAGGAGAGCACAUAGAUAAUAUCGAUUACAUGAUCGAGAACAAAAUCAAUCGGCCUGAUGUGUGUCGAAAGAUGGGUCGGCUAUACUCCGAGAUGAUUUUCAUAAACGGGUAUCUUCAUUCUGAUCCUCAUCCUGGUAACGUACUCGUUAAUAAGAAGCCUAAUGGCGAGGUAGACAUUGUCCUGCUCGAUCAUGGUCUUUAUUUAGACAUCGAUGAUCGCUUCAGAGGACUCUAUGCGGACUUGUGGCUUGCCCUUUUAGCCCCUGAUCCAGAUAAACUGAAGAGUGUGGCAGCGGAGAUGGGAGUUGGUGAGCUCUACGGAUUGUUCGCAUGCAUUGUUGCUCGACGCUCAUGGAAAGCUGUAUCGCAGGGCAUUAAGAAUAGGAAGAUGGACAGCAGUGAGAAAGAUGAACUUCGCCUUUACGCAGCUUCUCUCAUCCCACAGAUCAGUGAGGUUCUACAUAGAAUGCCUCGCGAAAUGCUUCAUAUCCUGAAGACAAAUGACUUACUGAGGCAUCUUGAGCAUGUGCUAGGAAUCGAGAAUCGAGCUGACGCACAUAUCGAGAUGUCGAAAUGCGUAGUACGGACUCACUACGAGCUGCAACUCAAGGAUCCUAACAGAAGCAUUUGGGAAACGAUACGGAUUCGUUUAAGUUUGUUCUGGGCUUUGUUUAAGAUUCGAUCAUAUGAGUGGUAUCUCAUCACAAUGGACACAUUUUCGCUUAGGUUAGGUAUGUAA